UUAUUUGUAAUGUACCUGCAGAUGUUUUAUUUGAUCUAGGUGCUACGCAUUCCUUUGUUUCUAGUAUAUUUCUGACUAAGUUGAAUAGGAUGCUAGAGCCUUUAUCUGAGGGGUUAGCUAUAUACACUCCAGUUGGUGACGUUUUACUUGUUAAUGAGGUGUUACGUAAUUGUGAAGUUUUAGUAGAAGGUAUCAAUUUGCUAGUGGACUUGCUACCACUAGAGUUGCAGAGGUUAGAUGUAAUUUUGGGAAUGGAUUUCUUAUUUGUUCAUUAUGCAUCUAUGGAUUGCCAUAGGAAGGAAGUGGUUUUCAGAAAACCAGGCUUUGCUGAAGUGGUUUUUAGAGGUAUGAGGAAGGCCGUUUCUAGAAGUUUAAUCUCAGUUUUGAAAGCUGACAAAUUACUGAGGAAGGGUUGCACAGCGUUUCUUGCACACAUCGUAGUAGUGCAGAGAGAAAAACUAAAGCCAGAAGAUGUUCCUGUGGUGAAAGAGUUUCUUGAUGUAUUUCCAGAUGAUUUGUCAGGUUUGCCACCUGAUAGAGAGAUUGAGUUCACCAUUGAAUUAUUACCAGGAACAGCACCUAUUUCACAGGCCCCGUAUAGAAUGGCUCCAAGCGAGCUAAAAGAAUUGAAGAUGCAGUUACAAGAACUAGUUGACAAGGGAUACAUUAGGCCUAGUGUUUCGCCGUGGGGAGCACCAGUGCUUUUUGUGAAAAAGAAAGAUGGUACCCUCAGAUUAUGUAUUGACUAUAGACAGUUAUAUGUGUUUAUGCACGGGGAAUCAGAUUUAUAUGUCUUCAGGAGUCAUGCCACCACGUACUGGUAGACGACGCCGGCAGAAUCAGGACGGGAUGCAAGGUCCUACCCAAGGUCCAUCUGUAGGGGAAUCUAGUACCCUAGGAGUUCGAGGUGGUGCAGGAAACGAGCAGUUUGCGAGAACAACACAGGAAAUAGGAAGGACAGAUAGAGCAGAGCCUAGUGAUCC